CGACACCAUCCUCCUCUCUGCAUGCAAGUUAAACAGUUCGCUGCUCCAGCUCACCUGCCACUGUGAUCCACUCUUUUUUUUAAAAGUAUAAUACUCAAAGGACAACUCAUCAAGAAGGUGCCAGUCAAAGCCUCCUCCUAUAUUAUUUAUCGGAUCAUUUAAUCCAUCACCGGUUUGACACAAGAGGUCUUCGCAUCUGCGUCCGAAUAAUCUGCAGGCUGCUUUUAAAACUCAUCCAAGACUGAACUUUCCUUUCGCUCUUUGCCAUCGACCCGCUAAAAGUUUUCAGCGCAGUUCCACACACGAGUGUCACCGCCGAGCUAUAAAAGUGGACGAGGAGAGGACCAUCAUGAUGAGCAACAACUACGGCGAGGAGCAGCUGCCUCCACAGUACUACCAGCCCACGGACUUUGGGGAAGAGGAGGACGACGAGAUGCCAGCCACGGAGAAGGACCUGGCCGAGGACGCGCCGUGGAAGAAGAUCCAGCAGAACACCUUCACCAGGUGGUGCAACGAGCACCUGAAGUGCGUCAACAAGACCAUCACCGACCUGCAGAAGGAUUUUAGCGACGGGCUGAAGCUCAUCUCGCUCCUGGAGGUACUGAGCCAGAAGAAGAUGUACAGGAAGCACCACAGCAGGCCCAACUUCCGGCAGAUGAAGCUGGAAAAUGUGUCCGUGGCGUUGGAGUUCCUGGACAGAGAGCACAUCAAACUGGUCUCAAUAGAUAGCAAAGCCAUUGUGGAUGGGAAUCUAAAGCUCAUUCUGGGUCUCAUAUGGACGCUCAUCCUCCACUACUCCAUCUCAAUGCCAAUGUGGGACGACGAAGACGACGAGGAGACCAAGAAGUUGACCCCCAAGCAGCGCCUGUUGGGCUGGAUUCAGAACAAGGUGCCCCAGCUGCCCAUCAACAACUUCAACCGCGAUUGGCGAGACGGGAAAGCCCUAGGAGCCCUAGUGGACAACUGCGCCCCGGGUCUGUGUCCCGACUGGGCAGAAUGGGAUCCAAAUAAGCCAGUGCAGAAUGCCAGAGAAGCCAUGCAACAGGCCGACGACUGGCUGGGUGUGCCACAGGUGAUUGCCCCUGAGGAAAUCGUGGACCCUGAUGUGGACGAGCAUUCGGUGAUGACAUACCUGUCUCAGUUCCCCAAGGCCAAACUGAAACCCAAUGCUCCUCUUAAACCCAAACAGCUUUUCCCAGACAAGGUUAAAGCCUACGGACCAGGUAUCGAACCUCAUGGCAACAAAGUUCUGCAACCCGCAGUGUUCACAGUGGAAACACUGGAGGCCGGCAGUGGGGAAGUUCUAGUGUUUGUCGAGGAUCCUGAAGGACACAAAGAAGAGGCUAAAGUGAAGCCCAACAAGGAUAAAAAUGGGACUUACACUGUCACUUACCUUCCAAAAGUGGAGGGUGUUCACAAGGUGAAGGUGCUGUUUGCAGGUCAGGACAUCAACAAGAGCCCUUACUCUGUGAAUGUGGCAAAAGCAAUGGGUGACCCGAGCAAAGUGCAUGCCAGGGGCCCGGGUUUGGAUGCUACAGGCAACGUGGCCAACAAACCAACCUACUUCGACAUCUACACAGCUGGCGCUGGCCAUGGUGACAUCAGUGUGGUCAUCGUUGAUCCUCAGGGUAAAAAAGACAUCGUGGAGCUUAUCCUGGAAAAUAAGGGCGACAGUGUUUUCCGUUGCACCUAUCGCCCUGUGCUGGAGGGGCCUCACAACAUCCACGUGCUGUUUGCAGGCCAAGAAAUCCCCAAGAGCCCUUUCAAUGUCAACAUCGCGGAGGCCAUAAACCCCAAUGCUUGCAGAGCUACUGGCAGAGGGCUCCAGCCUAAAGGCGUGAGAGUGAAGGAGGUGGCAGACUUUAAGGUUUUCACCAAAGGAGCUGGCAGUGGGGCACUGAACGUCUCUGUCAAAGGACCAAGUGGAGCAGAGGAGCAAGUAAAAGUGCGAGAUCCUGGGAAUGGAGUGUACGAGUGUGAAUAUUACCCCCAGAGGCCUGGUAAAUACAUAGUGAACAUCACCUGGGGAGGCCAGCCCAUCGCGCGCAGCCCCUUUGAAGUGGAGGUGGGCGAAGAAGCAGGAUUUCAGAAGGUGAGGGCCUGGGGCCCGGGUCUGAAGACUGGCAUGGUGGGAAAAUCAGCUGAUUUUGUGGUUGAGGCAAUUGGCACUGAAGUUGGAACUCUGGGCUUCUCCAUCGAAGGCCCAUCACAGGCUAAAAUCGAGUGCGAUGAUAAGGGCGAUGGCUCCUGCGAUGUGCGCUACUGGCCCACCGAGCCUGGUGACUACGCUGUCCACGUCAUCUGUGAUGAUGAAGACAUCAAGGACAGCCCUUUCAUGGCCCACAUUCUCCCUGCUGUUAACGAUGUUUUUCCAGAAAAGGUAAAAGCCUAUGGGCCAGGCUUGCAGCCAACUGGGGUCGUCGUAAACAAACCCACUGAAUUCACCAUUGAUGCCUGCAUGGCUGGGAACGGUCACCUGAAGAUCUAUGCACAGGACGCUGAAGGUUGCGCCUUCCACAUCAAGAUCACCGAGAAGGGAGAUAGCACAUUCGUGUGUGCCUACACUCCCGUCAAACCCAUAAAACACACCAUUAUUAUCACCUGGGGGGAGGUCAAUGUGCCCAACAGCCCCUUCAGGGUGAUGGUUGGAGAGGGCUCUCAUCCCGACAAAGUCAAGGUCUACGGGCCCGGAGUGGAGAAGACGGGGCUCAAAGCUAACGAGCCAACAUACUUCACCGUGGACUGCAGUGAGGCUGGCCAAGGAGACAUCAGCAUUGGAAUCAAGUGUGCCCCGGGGGUGGUCGGACCUGCAGAGGCUGACAUCGACUUUGACAUCAUCAAGAAUGACAAUGACACCUUUACUGUCAAAUACACUCCUCCUGGUCCGGGCCGGUACACCAUAAUGGUGUUGUUUGCUGACCAGGAAAUUCCUGUCAGUCCAUUCAAAGUUAAGGUGGACCCCUCCCAUGAUGCCGGCAAAGUGAGAGCAGAAGGUCCUGGACUCAACAAGACAGGUGUGGAAGUGGGUAAUCCAACCCAUUUCACCAUCUACACAAAGGGAGCUGGAAAAGCCAAGCCUGAGGUCCAUUUUACAGCAUCAGGCCCCGGAGAGGCGGUUCGUGACUUUGAGAUCAUCGAUAACCACGAUUACUCCUACACUGUCAAGUACACGGCCCUUCAACAGGGAAACAUGGCUAUUUCUGUGACUCACGGAGGAGACCCAAUCCCAAAAAGCCCCUUCCACCUCACAGUGGCACCAGCUUUGGAUAUUGGAAAAGUGAAAGUGGAAGGGUUAGAAACCAAAGUGGAGGUUGGGAGGGACCAGGAGUUCGCUGUUAACACGAAGGGAGCAGGCGGCCAAGGCAACGUAGGAGUUAAGAUGACGUCUCCCUCCGGCCGGCCAAUCCCAUGCAAGCUGGAGUCAGACAAAGCCAAAGGCACUCACAGUGUGAAGUACAUUCCCCCGGAGGAGGGGCAGUACAAGGUUGAUGUCACCUAUGAUGGGAACCCUGUGAUGGGAAGCCCCUUUGGGGUUGAAGCCGUCAUGCCAGCAGAUCCUUCAAAGGUGCGAGCCUUUGGCCCAGGCCUAAAGGGCGGCACUGUGGGUAAACCAGCUCCCUUCACCAUUGAUACAAAAGGAGCUGGUGCAGGUGGUCUUGGCCUGACAGUUGAGGGUCCUUGCGAGGCAAAAAUCGAGUGCCAAGACAAUGGCGAUGGCACAUGCUCAGUGUCAUAUAUUCCCACCGAGGCGGGCGAGUAUGCCAUCAACAUCCUGUUUGCUGAGAAGCACAUCCCUGGCUCUCCCUUCAAAGCCGCAAUCCGCCCAGCUUUUGAUCCCAGCAAGGUAACGGCUAGCGGGCCGGGCUUGGAGAAGGCCAAGGCAGGUGAACCAGCCACCUUCACUGUGGACUGCACCACAGCAGGCGACGCGGAGCUCACCAUCGAGAUUGUGUCUGAGACCGGGGUUAAGGCUGAGGUGCACAUCCAGAAAACAUCAGAGGGGACCUUCUCCGUCACAUACAUCCCAUCAUUCCACGGCACGCACACCAUCACCAUUAAGUAUGGUGGGAACGCUAUACCCUACUUCCCAAAGGUGUUGCAAGUGGAGCCUUCUGUGGACACCAGUGGGGUUCACGUUUAUGGGCCUGGAGUGGAGCCAAGAGGGGUCCUCAGAGAAGUCACAACCCACUUCAUUGUCGACGCGCGCGCCCUCAAUAAGGUUGGAGGCAGCCGUGUGAAGGUUCAUGUCAUCAACCCCUCUGGCGCCAACACGGACACCUACAUCACCGACAAGGGAGACGGCACCCACAGGGUGGAGUACACCGCCUUCGAGGACGGUAUGCAUCUAAUUGAGGUGCUGUACGAUGGCGCGCCUGUUCCUAAGAGCCCCUUCAGAGUGUUUGUAGUUGAAGGAUGCGAUCCGACCCGUGUGCGUGCAUUUGGACCAGGUCUGGAGGGAGGAAUAACCAACAGGCCCAACUGCUUCACAGUGGAAACCAGGGGUGCUGGUACAGGAGGCCUGGGUCUGACGAUUGAGGGAGCCUCAGAGGCCAAAAUAUCCUGUAAGGACAACAAAGAUGGCAGCUGCAGCGUGGAGUAUGUCCCCUUUACUCCUGGGGAUUAUGAUGUAAAUAUUAACUAUGGAGGGCAACCGAUCCCUGGCAGUCCGUUCCGUGUACCGGUGAAGAACCCAGUGGACCCAACCAAGGUGAAAUGCUCUGGUCCAGGUCUGGGUGCUGGAGUGAGGGCUCACGUUCCUCAGACUUUCACAGUAGACUGUACCCAGGCUGGACAGGCCCCACUGGAUGUCAAACUUUAUGGACCAACAGGCACUGUGGAGCCAGUAGGUGUGAAGAAUAACGGCGAUGGCACCCACACAGUUCACUACACCCCAGCGCAGGAUGGCCCCUAUACUGUAGCUGUUAAAUAUGCAGAUCAGGAAGUUCCACACAGCCCAUUCAAGGUAAUGUCUCAGCCUGGGCACGAUGCCAGCAAGGUCCGUGCCAGUGGCCCUGGUCUAGACACCAAAGGAGUGUCUGCCAGCCUGCCUGUUGAGUUUACGAUUGAUGCCCGGGAUGCUGGAGAGGGACUGCUCACUGUGCAGAUUCUGGACCCAGAGGGCAAGCCAAAGAACGCAACCAUCCAAGACAACAGAGACGGGACCUACACUGUGUCCUAUGUUCCUGAUUCUACAGGCCCUUACACAAUCACCAUCAAAUACGGAGGAGAUGAGAUUCCUUACUCUCCAUAUCGAAUCCAGUCACUUCCCACAGGGGAUGCCAGCAAGUGUUGCCUUACAGUUUCAAUAGGAGGACAUGGAGUGUCGAGUCUUCAGAAGCUGCAGACCUCUGAAGAUACAGUCAUCACGGUGGAUGCCAAAGCAGCCGGAAAAGGCAAAGUUACCUGUAAAGUCCUGACCCCACAGGGGAUGGAGUUGGACAUGGAUGUGGUGGAGAAUCACGAUGGUACCUUUGACAUUUACUACACGGCUCCCGAACCUGGGAAGUAUGUCAUUACAAUCCGCUUUGGGGGGGAGAACAUCCCAAAGAGCCCCUUCCAUGUAGUGGCCUCAAAUGAGCCAGUGGUUCCCCGUGACCCGGUGGAUCCUCUCUUUCGUCCAGUUAACUUCCUGGUGCCGUUCACGCCACAGCAAGGAGAGAUCACAGGAGAGGUGCGGAUGCCUUCUGGCAAGACCGCCCGCCCACACAUCACCGACAAUAAGGAUGGCACUAUCACGAUCAAGUACCAGCCCACAGAGAGGGGUCUGCAUGAGAUGGACAUCAAAUACGACGGAAACCACAUUCCAGGCAGCCCUCUGCAGUUCUACGUGGAUGCUGUGAACAGCGGAGUGGUGACUGCUUAUGGUCCAGGUCUGAGUUACGGAAUGGUCAACAGAGCUGCCACGUUCACUGUGGUUACUAAGAAUGCAGGAGAAGGUGGUCUGUCACUUGCAGUUGAGGGUCCCUCUAAAGCUGAGAUCACCUGUAAAGACAACAAAGACGGCACUUGCACUGUGUCCUACCUGCCCACAGCUCCAGGAGACUACAACAUCAUUGUGAAGUUUGACAACAAGCACAUUUCUGGCAGCCCCUUUACUGCUAAGAUCACUGGGGAUGACACCAUAACGAGAACAUCCCAGCUCAAUGUUGGCACCUCUGCCGAUGUCUCCUUGAAGAUCGCAGAGACUGAUCUGAGCUCCCUGACUGCCAGCAUCAGAGCUCCAUCAGGCAAUGAGGAGCCCUGCCUGCUCAAAAGACUGCCCAACAGACACCUAGGCAUCUCUUUCACCCCGAAAGAGGUUGGGGAACAUGAAGUGAGCGUGAGGAAGAAUGGGAUGCACGUGGCAAACAGCCCCUUCAAAAUAAUGGUCGGCCAGUCGGAGAUUGGCGAGGCCAGCCGGGUGAAAGCCUUCGGCAAAGGGCUCGUCGAGGCGCACACUUCCGAAAUGGCUGAAUUUUUUGUGGACACGAGGAAUGCUGGUUACGGUGGUCUGGCAUUGUCAAUUGAGGGUCCUAGCAAAGUGGAUAUAAACUGUGAAGAUGUAGAGGAUGGGACGUGCAGAGUGACCUACUGCCCAACAGAACCUGGGAGUUACAUUGUAAACAUCAAGUUUGCUGAAAAGCACAUCCCAGGAAGUCCUUUCAUAGUGAAGGUGACUGGAGAAGGUAGAAUUAAGGAGAGUAUUACCAGGAAGAGACAGGCUUCGUCUAUUGCCUCAGUGGGCAGCACUUGCGGCCUUAACCUCAAGAUCCCUGGAAACUGGUUCCAGAUGGUUUCCGCUCAGGAAAGGCUAACCAGGACGUUCACCCGCAGCAGCCACACGUACACUCGCACCGAGCGCACGGAGAUCAGCAAGACCCGUGGCGGGGAGACCAAGAGGGAGGUGCGGGUGGAGGAGAGCACCCAGGUGGGAGGAGGAGGAAGUCCUUUCAGAGAUGUGUUUGGAGACUUUCUGGGCAGAGAGAGCCUCAGCAGCUUUGCUGGCAUCACUGCCAGACCUGAGUCUGAGAGCGGCUCCCAGGCCAUGACAGCUCAGGUGACGAGCCCCAGUGGGAAAACAGUGGAUGCAGACAUUGUGGAUGGAGGAAGCAGCACCUACAGCGUCCGCUUCAUACCCCAGGAGAUCGGACCUCACACGGUGAACGUCAAGUACAGGGGCCAGCAUGUGCCUGGGAGCCCUUUCCAGUUCACUGUGGGGCCCAUGGGUGAAGGCGGGGCCCACAAGGUCCGUGCAGGAGGUCCAGGACUUGAAAGAGGCGUGGCCGGAGCACCAUCUGAAUUUAGUAUCUGGACUCGUGAGGCAGGAGCUGGUGGCCUGUCCAUUGCCGUCGAAGGACCAAGCAAGGCUGAAAUCUCCUUUGAGGAUAGGAAAGACGGCUCCUGCGGCGUAUCAUACAUAGUGAAGGAGCCAGGUGACUAUGAGGUGUCAAUCAAAUUCAACAACGAGCACAUCCCUGACAGCCCGUUCAUCGUUCCAAUCGCUACACUAUCAGACGAGGCCCGCAGGCUCACUGUGACAAGCCUUCAGGAGAAGGACUUAAAAGUAAACCAGGAGGCAUCCUUCAUGGUGCAGCGUAACGGUGCCCGAGGUGUGGUUGACGCCAAAGUUCACACACCUUCCGGAUCAUCCGAGGAGUGCUACGUCACCGAUCUCGAUGGUGACAAGAGUGCAAUCCGCUUCAUUCCACGCGAGAAUGGCGUUCACUCCAUAGAUGUCAAGUUCAAUGGAUGCCACAUUCCUGGGAGCCCCUUCAAUGUGCGAGUGGGAGAUCCAGGUCUGAUCGCUGAUCCUGGUAUGGUCACUGCGCACGGAGCAGGACUGCUGGGAGGAAACACAGGGGUGCCCCUGGAGUUUGUAGUCAACACCUGUAACGCUGGCUCAGGCGCUCUGUCAGUAAACAUUGAUGGCCCUUCCAAGGUGAAGAUGGACUGUCGCGAGUGUCCAGAAGGCUACAGGAUCACCUACACGCCGAUGGCUCCUGGAAAUUAUCUUAUCACCAUCAAAUACGGCGGGCCACAGCACAUAGUGGGCAGCCCCUUCAAAGCCAAAAUCACAGGCACAAGGCUGUCAGGUGGACACAGCCUCCACGAAACCUCCUCCGUUUUGGUCGAAACUGUCACGAAGACCUCCAAGGUCGGCGGUGCCUACAGCUCAUCUUCCUCCGCCACCUCAGCCAAACUGACAUGCGAUGCCAGCAAGGUGGUUUGUCGUGGACCGGGGCUGUCCAAGACUUUGGUUGGGCAGAAAAAUAACUUCACUGUUGACUGCAGCAAAGCAGGUACCAACAUGCUGAUGGUGGGUGUGCAUGGGCCCCUAGCUCCAUGUGAGGAGGUUUAUGUCAAACACAUGGGCAACAAGCUGUACAAUGUCACUUAUACUGUCAAGGACAAGGGCAGUUAUACCGUCAUUGUCAAAUGGGGUGAUGAUAGUGUCCCAGGGAGCCCCUACAAAGUGACUGUACCUUAAAAAAACAAAAAAAAUGCAACUAUUUGUAUACCCUCACUCCAUUCUGAUCAGCUGCAAACAGUCAGUCAAGCUUCUUCAGUUCAGCUUUUCUGUCACAGCACAUUUUGCAAAGUGCUCUAGAUAGUAAAACACAAGAAAGAUCUUUGCUUACAGCUUUACUGAUAGCUGAAUAUCAGUUGUGCCAAAGUUUUGUAUUAAGUUUGAUUAAAGUUGAGUAAUACACUCAAAUGUAGCCAUGUAUCCAACUUCACAGGAUUGUAGCAGUUACAGAGUUGUUUUAGGGGGCUUAAGUGAAGCUUGUUGAUUAAAAUGUUCUCUUUCUUUACUGUUUUAGUGUAAACAGAUGACAUAAUACAGAUGCUCAGAGAUGCAGUAGGUAUUGAUGGUAUUAAAGUGUGAUGUUAUGUGGUUUUGUAUGGUUUAAGAAUGAAAGAUUGAUUUUUUUGUUAUUAACCUUUUUUGUUCAGUUUUUGAAAACUUAAUAAAGAUUUAUUUACUAAC